AUGGCCGCCGAACCGAUGGACGUCAAGCCGAUUAUGGCUACGUUUGCCGCCGCCGACAUCAAGCCGAACCACACCAUCUACAUCAACAACCUCAACGAGAAAGUCAAGAAAGACGAACUGAAAAGGGCGCUCCAUGCCAUCUUCACACAAUUCGGGGAGAUCGUUUCGAUCAUGUCGUUCAAGACGCUUCGCAUGCGAGGACAGGCCCACAUCAUCUUCAAGGAGGUUUCAUCUGCUGCUAAUGCACUCCGUUCCAUGCAAGGAUUUCCUUUCUACGAGAAGCCAAUGCGUAUCCAAUUCGCGCGCGAGGACAGCGACAUCAUUGCUCGCGAAAAGGGCACAUACGUCGAGAAGCCGAAGAAGUACCAGAACCAGCGCAUCAAGAAGGUCAAGAAGGUGAUCACGAAGAAGGGCGAAUCGGAUUCUGCGGCUCCCCCGAACAAAAUCCUGUUCUGCACAAAUCUGCCAGACGAGACGACGGCCGAUGUGCUCGAACUUCUAUUCAAACCGUUCCCCGGACUGCGUGACAUCCGCAUGGUGCCGAACAGGACGGGAAUCGCUUUCGUGGAGUUCGAGUCUGAAGCUGAAGCCUCCGGCGCCCGCGCAGCCCUCGACAACUUCAAGGUCACACCCACCCAACAAAUGCGUGUCAACUACGCCAAGAAA